GCUCUUAACUGCCGAUAUCGGCACCGGCAAAGAGGGUUUGUUUAAUAUAAAUAUGUGCUGUAUAAUUGUAUAAAGUUUAAGGCACCUUUUAACCAUCAAAUAAAAGUGAUUCAGUUUUUUUAAUGAAUUUUUUUGCCGAGUUUUAUUCACAAACUUUUCGAAAUGGAGGAAAGUGAGACGAGACAGACAUGUUUAAAAUUUAUACGAAUCCUCAAAUCAAAAAGUGUACAUUUACCAGAAUUUAAUUCGUUUCUUAACAUUUUACAAGAAGAAGCUACCACAAAAGGAUUGGAUGAUGAUGUUCUGAGUAAACUGGCAAAUGUUAUUAUACAUACAGAUUUACAUGCAGUUAAAUGGGUAUCAUUAAUAAGAUGUUUAAUUCCAAGAUAUAAAUUGCCUGAGGAAAUAGCAAAGUCUAUAAUCACUUGGUGCUUAUCAUCAUUGGACAAGCUACCGCUCACUGUCUGUACCAUUGUUAUACAAUGGGUCUUAGGUUUAUGGGAAUAUGAAUUAGUAGAUAGAAAAGUAAUUAAUAUAUAUUACGAUGUCUUCUUUUAUACAAUGUUCAAGAAAGAAAAACUGGAACGUCAUAUAGCACGUCUCAUUUAUGUAUUAACAAGACCAGAGGAUGUUUCUCGCAGAGAUGUCUUAAGAUUAUUAGUUCUUAAAAAAAAAUACUCUAAGCCUCCAAAACAUAUUAUUGCAUUACUUUCCUUAUUUAAGUCGUAUAAGCCAGAAUUAGUUCCUGAAAAGAUACAAUCAGUAAACAUAGAAAGUGUAUGGAAACCAAUACCUGAAUUUAUACGAUUAGCAUUGGAAGAUGCUAGAGAUCGAGUAGAGAUCCAACAAUCUCGCCGAAGCACUCAAACUCAUUUUAAUUGGAAUGUGAUACAGAAUGUGAAAGUUCAAAAAAGACAAAAGCCACUGUUGCCUUCUGUUGGUUAUUUUCACAUUGGUUCAAGUAUUUUUAAAGAUAAGGAUGCAAAAUCGAUUUUUGAUAUAAGCAGCAUAGAUGAAUUAGGAAAAUAUCAUCAAAAUGUUGAAUUGCCAUGUAAUGCUGUCUCACUUUUGGCAAAUAUGGCUGGUUACCAUCUUCUUACAUAUGCAGACUUUCAAUAUCAAAGUAGAUUUUCAUGCAAUCUGUAUAAUACACUGACAAGAGCAUUUAUAUUGGAAAAUGGAAAAUUUUCCAAGGAAGAAAUGGAUAAAUUUCUUUCAAUGACAAUUGAAUUUUCUCGAUAUAUGCAGGAAGAAAUACUUGUAGUUAAACUGUUUUUUGAUGAGUAUUUAUAUUAUAAUACAGGAGAGCAUCUGCCACAGUUACUUAAUUUAUUGCAAUGGAUGACUUCUAUAUCAGUGGCUGAUUUACGAGAGAACAUUCUAAUACAUGUACAGAAUAUAUUUUAUGCAUCAAAUUUAUCUAUGAAAUGUGAAAUAAUUAAAUGCCUGCAAAAAUUAAUUACAAACUUGUUUGUUAAACAAGGACUUGAAGAACAUUAUCGGAAUGCAUCAUAUUUUUUACGACAAGGUCCAUUGGAAGAUUUAGCAGAAAUUAUAUCCAUACUUACAACAGUAUCGGAAAAUCUUAUUGUUUAUGGAUUAAAUGUACACAAUUUUAAUGUUAUCUUUUUAUCAGAAGCUUUGGCAUUUUAUGAAGAGAUCUGUACAUUGGAAAGCCAUAGUCAUGUAUUAACAUGGACAUUGCCACCACCAGCAGUUAUCUAUGGAGCAUUUAUUACAAAAAGUUGUGCUCUCUUAUCAAGAGUUUGUAGAUUAUUAUUAAGAUAUCGCCAAAUGAGAACGCGCUUGUAUCAAAUCAUGCCAUCAGACAUAUAUCAGGAAAGAAUUCGUCUUAUAUCUACUUAUGCAAAUGAUAUUCAUAAAGCAUUGUGGUAUGAUGAGCCAUUUAGCGACCGAAAAAAUGGUAUUCUUCUGAAGAAUCUCUCAAACAAAGUGAUUAAGGAUUUGGGAGAUUGUGAUUUAGAUAUUUUACUGAAUAUUGUUAACCAUUAUGCUGUGUUAUCCUACAGAUAUACAAUAAGUAAAACAGGCCUAAAUAUAAGUACAAAAGAGGAUGCUGUAAUUAUGGCUUUAUAUUAUUAUCCUGCAGUAAAUGACUUUCUUGCUGCAUUUCACGAGUGAUAUAAUUUUUUAUAAAAAGAGAAAAAUACAUCAUAUUCUUUAUAAUUUGUAUAUACACAUAAGAUUUUAAUAGAGAAAAUUAGCAAUUGCAAAGUAAGUAUCUAAAGAUAUAAGAUGAUUAAAGAGCAUAUAUUAUUGAGAUAGCCUGAUCCAAAACAUUUUAAUGAUAUAAGGAUUUCAAAGAAGAUCGUCGAAUCGUCAAUCAAUGAUGAUUUCCAAGGAGAAUUGCGAUUGUAAUUUCCGGAAAACCAAUUCCGACGAAAAAGAAGUUCACAUUAUUAUGAUAAGGUACAUAAGUAAGAACUUUCUUGCUAUAAUAAAAAUUUACAAAAA